UCCGCUUCCAAGCGGUCAUUCCAUUCCGUCACAUAUUCCCGAGAAAAACCGUCAUUCGCGCGCACACGCGGUCGCAGCUGCGGUGCCCGGCUCAACGCCGCGGAGAUGGAGGGCGACGCCACCGGAGCUGACGGAGGAGGCGGAGGAGGAAGUGGUGAGCGUUCUAGCUUCGUGAUCGGCCUCAUCGAGAACCGUGCCAAGGAGGUUGGUGUUGCAGCCUUUGAUUUAAGAUCAGCCUCAUUGCACCUAUCUCAGUAUAUCGAGACAAGUUGCUCAUAUCACAAUACAAAUACACUACUUCAUUUCUAUGAUCCCAUGGUUGUCAUUGUGCCCCCAAACAAAACAGCAGCAGAUGGUAUGGUUGGAGUUUCAGAACUGAUCGAUAAACAUUACCCAGCAAACAAAAAGGUCACUAUGGCACGUGGUUGCUUUGAUGACACAAAGGGUGCUGUCAUUGUAAGAAGUCUUUCAGCUAGGGACCCAUCUGCUCUUGGUUUAGAUACUUACUGCAAGCAGUAUUAUCUUUGUCUUGCGGCUGCCACUGCAACAAUUAAAUGGAUAGAAUCAGAAAAGGGUGUGUUCAUUACCAAUCACUCAUUAUCAGUUACAUUCAACGGGUCAUUUGACCAUAUGAGUAUCGACUCAACUAGUGUUCAAACAUUGGAAAUUAUUGACCCUCUCCAUACUGAACUUUGGGGCACUAGCAACAAAAAGAAAAGCCUCUUUCAGAUGCUAAAGACUACAAAGACUACAGGAGGGUCUAGAUUGUUGAAAGCUAACUUAUUACAACCAUUAAAAGAUAUUCAGACCAUCAAUGCUCGUCUAGAUUGCUUGGAUGAGCUAAUGAGCAAUGAGGAGCUGUUUUUUGGUUUGACUCAAGGUCUACGGAAAUUUCCAAAAGAAUCAGAUAAGGUUCUCUGUCAUUUCUGCUUCAAGCCCAAAAAGGUCACAGAUAAGGUAUUGAAGCCUGCCAAUGGUAGAAAGAGCCAGAUGUUGAUUUCUGAUAUUAUUGUCCUUAAAACUGCUCUGGACGCCAUACCAUUCUUAUCGAAGGUUUUGAAGGGGGCAAAGAGUUUUCUUCUUCACAACAUCUAUCAGACUGUAUGUGAAAACCCUAAGUAUGCUAAUAUGAGAAAGAGAAUUGGAGAUGUCAUUGACGAGGAUGUGGUUCAUUCAAGGGCUCCAUUUGUAGCCUGCACUCAACAAUGUUUUGCUGUUAAGGCAGGAAUUGAUGGUCUGCUUGAUGUUGCUCGUCGAUCUUUCUGUGAUACCAGUGAAGCCAUACAUAACCUCGCCAAAAAGUACAGGGAUGAUUAUAAUAUGCCAAAUUUGAAGAUAACCUAUAAUAUUAGGCAAGGAUUUUACUUUAUUAUUCCCCAAAAGGACAUCACCGAUAGGCUUCCUAAUAAAUUUAUCCAGGUUGUUAGACAUGGGAAGAAUCUCCAUUGCUCAAGCUUGGAACUUGCUUCACUGAAUGUUAGGAACAAGUCGUCUGCUGCUGAGUGCUUCUCGCGCACGGAACUUUGUUUGGAAGGGCUUAUUGACAAAAUCAGAGGAGACAUUGCUAUCCUUACAUUGCUCGCCGAAGUAUUAUGUCUUUUGGACAUGAUUGUAAAUUCUUUUGCGCAUACAAUAUCUACAAAGCCUGUUGAUCGCUACACAAGACCAGAGUUCACAGAUGAUGGUCCAAUGGCAAUCAAUGCUGGACGACACCCUAUUCUUGAGACCUUGCAUACUAAUUUUGUUCCUAACAAUAUAUUUCUCUCUGAAGCAUCUAAUAUGGUUCUUGUCAUGGGGCCAAAUAUGAGCGGGAAAAGCACAUAUCUCCAACAGAUAUGUUUAAUUGUCAUUCUUGCACAAAUUGGCUGUUAUGUUCCAGCUCAGUUUGCAUCCUUAAGAGUUCUUGAUCGUAUAUUUACACGGAUUGGUAACGGGGACAAUGUUGAGAACAACUCGAGUACGUUUAUGACAGAAAUGAAAGAAACUGCUUUCAUCAUGCAAAAUGUUUCUUCAAGGAGUUUGGUUGUUGUGGAUGAACUUGGAAGAGCAACAUCUUCCUCAGAUGGGUUGGCAAUCGCAUGGAGUUGCUGUGAAUACCUUCUUUCUGUGAAAGCAUACACUGUUUUUGCCACGCACAUGGAACGCUUGUCAGAACUUUCAACAAUGUAUCCAAAUGUGAAGAUCCUCCAUUUUGAGGUUGACUUGAGAAAUGACCGCUUGGAUUUCAAGUUCUGCCUAAAGGAUGGCAUCCGACGGGUACCACACUAUGGGCUUCUGCUGGCCAGAGUAGCUGGUAUCCCUACUUCGGUGAUCGACACUUCAACAAGUAUCACUUCACAGAUCACAGAGCAGGAAAUGACAAGGAUGAAUGCCAAUUGCGAGGAGUACUGGUCGCUUCAGAUGACGUACCAGGUUGUGCAGCGGCUUAUCUGCCUGAAGUACUCGAACCAUGGCGACGACUACAUCCGUGAAGCACUGCAGAAUCUCAAGGAGAGCUAUUCUGCGGGCCGGCUAACAUAAGAGGUCUCAUCAGUGUAUGCCGCUGGAGGAUCCAUAAGCCAAUGUAUAUAUUCCUCCGUCAAUGUGAUACUAUCUUAGGUCCUCAAACGCACAUCUAUCGUUAUCGCACAUGCCAUGUAACAUCUUAUCCCCUAUUCAUAUAGAUGAUCACGAAGCAAGACAGCAUGUGAAUGUUUAGAACAAGUGAUUAUUAUGACCUCAGCCACAUAGCUUUUACGAAAAGAUUUACUGGAAUAUAUGGAACACCAAAGUAGGAGAUUAGAGUGGUCGAUACAUACAAACUGUAGGUUUGAACAGCAAAUGUUGGCAUUGUUUUCUGCCAAUACAUUAAUCGAUACAGUAGCAUGAGAGGAGGAGGAGCACAGAAGGCGGCCUAGACCACACAAGAGAGCGGGAGGUAGUGUGGAGCCGAGCAGGACAAGAAUUCAUGAGGGACAAAAAAAAAAUGUAUGGCAAAAUCAUUCAUUGUCAUAAAAAACUUGUGUUUUAUAUAAUUUCAGUUUCAUGUCAA